CCGCAGCUCCAGAACCACAAGCCAAAACGCAAAGCAGCAAACAAACCACAGACGAAGACAAGUCUCAAGAGAAAGAGAGAAUGGCGGCCACCUCCUCCACCUCCUACUUCCCCUCGCAGUCGCAGCUGCCGGCGUCCAGCGCCACCGCUACAACCAGCAUCAGCAACGGCCGGCAGCCGCGGAGGCAUCGGACGGGCAGCUGCGUCAUGCUCGAGGCGGCCUCCGGUGGCGGCGCGGUGGGGAGGAGGACCAGGAGCCUCAUGGAGGAGGACCUUGAGGAGCUCAAGGGCUGCCUCGACCUCGGCUUCGGCUUCUCUUACCAUGAGAUCCCGGACCUUUGCGGGACGCUCCCUGGUCUGGAGCUCUGCUACUCCAUGAUGCGGAGGUUCCUCGACGAGCAGAGGACGGUGGUCGGGCAGCUGGAGCCCUCCGCGGUGGCGCCGCCGCCCAUCCCGGACUGGAAGAUCUCCGGCCCUGGUGAUCAUCCCGACGAGGUUAAAGCUCGGCUCAAGUAUUGGGCACAGACAGUGGCAUGCACAGUCAAACUCUGCACCUAGUGGAGGUCGGGACUUGGGAGUUUGCGAGUUCAUCCCAUGACAUGUGUGCUAAGAUGGGCUCAACUGAAGGGGGCUGAAGCUGAAGAAGCUGCUUACAUGGCUCAAAGAUAUGUUAUACCGAGGAGAUGCUUCGGUUGCGUGCUAUCGGGAUGACAUAUAUUUUACGAUCUUAUUGGAUUUACAUUGGUGCCCAAUGAAGAACAAAACGUGGUUACUGGUUACUGGUUACACUGGCGGCUCGGCCUCUGCAUCAGGCUGGCCAUAGUGGGGGUAACAUAACUAGUAUCAUGUACUUGGGACUCGUAAACAUGCUUACGUGGCAGACAAUUAAAGAAGAGAGAGAGGGUCAUAGUAACAUAGGUAGAUACCGUAUCAUAAUAAAUGUUAUGCUACUAUGUGUCAUGCAUGGCAAUAAAUAAGACCACCUAUAAUAC